UUUACGAUAAUAAAAGAAACAAUUACCGUUACCGAUUGUUGAACAAUAAAAUAAAAAUUUAUGGAGAUGAAGCAAAUCGCGAAAUUUUGGCUUUUGGUAAUCGUGAUAAUUGGUUCUUCGUAUUUCGUAGAAGCCAACUGGUUUUGCGACGGAUACAAAGAAAAAUCCUGUAGAACUCCUCGUUGCGGAUCACUGGACUGCGAUGCCUGCUUCAAGAAAGUUUGGUGGCAAAUUAAAGAAUUAUCUAUAACAACUUGGCAAAAUUGCCAAGUAAUGUCGACAUGCGUACAGUCGUACGUCCAACAGCAAAUGGAAUGGAUAUGUCCUCUCGUAAAGGUUUACGCUCAGAAAUCUUGGUACGUCUUGCGAGUGUGCCUUUACAGAUUUCUGUGUUACUUGGAAAAGUUGAUAUCGGAAUGGAUACGUUAUUUAGAAAAGGAUCUCGACUGCGAAACUCGCAGAACGGAGAGGAGCCAUUUUAACAUCGAAAGAAUCAAACCUUUUUUAAUUUAUUUAUUAUUACUGCUGCCGUUAAUUUUAUUUUAUUUCAUUAAACUCACAAUUUAUAACGUGAUCGAUAAUUACGCAACAUUUUACAUCCCAAGAAAUCUAGUUUCUCCUCCAGUUUCGGCUCCGGAAAUUCAAUUGUCCGAUGAGGAAGAGGAUGACAAUGAUCAAGAUGAGCAGGAGUUCAAUGAAGAAAAUUGAAACGAUUGAAUUCUAAUCAAGAAAAAUUAAUUUUUGAUGAUGAUAAAUUUUAAAAAAAUAACAAAUUUUAUUAUUGUUUAACACAAAAUUAAUAUAUAAUUUCAACUUAUGAAAAUUCU